GCAGGCGGGCGAGGAAAGCUGCUGCGGCAUUGGCAGCGCCCGCUCCUCGCUGGCAAGAGCUGCGUGGCUCUCCUCCUCGGUCAGCCGGGACGAGGCGGGAUGGGGCCCCUGAAGGAAAGCAGCAAGGAGCACAAAAUUCAGGACAAGGAGAUCUGCCGCAGCCGGAUUCCUCGACUAGUCCUCCGGCCUCAUCUCCCCCAGCAGCAACCUCGCCACCAGAAAGUGUCACCGGCAUCUGAGUCUCCCUUCUCUGAAGAGGAAAGCAGAGAAUUCAACCCCCUCAGCUCUUCUGGAGGGUCUGCAAGGACAAUCAGCAGCAACAGCUUUUGCUCAGAUGACACGGGUUGCCCCAGUAGCCAGUCAGUAUCUCCAGUUAAGACUCCUCCUGAUACUGGAAACAGUCCAGUUGGUUUUUGUACAGGCAGUGAUGGAGGGGACUACACGAGAAAGAAAUUUAAUUUGGGAACAAUGGGGGACGGAACUCAACAGACGGCUCGAUAUAAGAAGGAAACAAAGACAAGCUCCAUAAAACCGGGAAGCGAAGCUGAUUUUAGCUCGUCAAGCAGCACGGGCAGCAUCUCGGCUCCUGAAGUCCAUAUGUCUGCUGCUGGAAGCAAGAAGUCAUCCUUUUCUCGCAACCGGGGGCCUCAUGGACGGAAUAACGGAGCCUUGUCUUCCAAGUCUGGAUUUAGUCCUCCUACUACAUCCCGUGAGAAGGACUUCCUGUCGAUGCUGUGCAAAAAUCAGUUGAGUCCCAUUAGCACCCACACAAAUUAUGGGGCUUCUUCAGCCAGCAGCAGCAAUUCAGGCUCAUACAAGGGAAGUGAUAACAGCCCCAUUUUGAGGCGGCCGGCAAGGUACAUCUCUUGUGGCGAGAACCAUGGCAUCAAACCACCCAGUCCAGAACAGUAUCUGACCCCUCUGCAGCAAAAGGAAGUUACAGUGAGGCACUUGAAAACAAAACUGAAGGAAUCUGAGAGCAGACUCCAAGAAAGAGAAACAGAAAUCAAGGAACUCAAAUCCCAACUCGCACGCAUGAGGGAGGACUGGAUUGAAGAAGAAUGUCACCGGGUAGAGGCCCAGCUUGCCUUGAAAGAAGCAAGGAAGGAGAUCAAACAGCUCAAGCAGGUUAUCGAAACCAUGAAAAACAGCUUGGCUGAGAAGGACAAAGGGAUUCAGAAGUACUUUGUGGACAUCAACAUCCAGAACAAGAAGCUGGAGUCCCUGCUUCAGAGUAUGGAAAUAGCACAGAAUGGCUCUCGUAAUGAGGAUCGGAGUCUAGAGUAUCCAUGUGGAUCGCCUGAUAAGUCUUUGACUCUGAGUACAGCCUAUUCCAAAAUGGCUGACAGCGUAUUCAUGGAAGACCACUCCAUAGAGGAUAUGGCAGAUAGUGGUGUGCUGCUUAACGAUGAUGUGGCCAAUGGGAAUGAUACAUUUGAAGAGACCAUGACUGAUACCACAACUGAACUGGGUCAUCCAGCUCUCUUUCCACCUUCCUCCUUAAACCACCUGGAUCUCAUAAGGAACCUCACAAACUCCAAAGAAGAGGAUGACAACCACAGCCAUGGUGUGGCAGUGGAACAGGCAGUUCAGGCUGAUGUGUUGCUAUACAGCUCAAACAUGGAACAGCUAAUUCAAAACAUAUUCAAAGCACAAGAUGGAAGUCCCAUCAGUCCAUCCCCAGCUUUGAAAGAAUCUGAUGGAUUUUAUCCUGAAAGUAUCACAGACUUGCCCGUGGACUUGACUCCAUGUGAUCCAAAUUCUGCUAUCCUUCUGUCCCCCGUGGAGUCAGCACACAGCACUGUGGAUUCUAGGUGUUAUGAAAACAGAGUCAUGAAAGAACUAGACUUCACAGACUGUCAUUCUGAAGUCUUUGAGGAUGUUAUGAAGUUGCAUGAGGGAAGCGUUGUGAAAAGAUACUGGAGCAGCAACUUCCUCGUAGAUGUUUUGGCUGUAGCUGCUCCCAUCCUGCCAACAGUAAUGUGGAUGUUCAGUACUCAGAGAGGAGGAACAAAUCCAGUCUACAAUUUUGGAGCAUUGCUUCGAGGAUGCUGCCUGGUGGCUCUGAAUUCCCUUCGCCACGUACCCAUCAAUGUCCAACCCUAGAGGAAAUUCUCUUGCGUCGUGUGCAAAAGAGGCUAAGUUCUGGUGGGUGUGGUGGUUCUUCUAGUUGCAUACAUAUAAUGGUGGGUCUGUCUGUUUUGCUCCUAAAUGUUUGAUUUGCACUAUAUUUAGUUGAAAACAUGUUCAUUGUUUGAAACUGAAGAAGAAAGGCUAUUGGUGGCAUGGAAACUUACUUCCACUAAGUGUAAACACAAGUGCAUUUUUUUUAAAAAGAAGCAUGUUAAGCACUUCUCGUUCUGUCGUCAGAUGUGUGGAUUGUUAUACCAAAUUGUUUUCGCAUGGGAGGGGAGGUUUACUCUUAAAAAGGCAGCUUACAUAAUCCUAGCAUGUACUGUCUGUGCUUCUUAGUGGUGCUUUAAUAAUGUAAUUGCCCUGCAUUCCACUGAUCCUGUGUACAAGGGGACCAUAACCAAAAGAAGAAGAAAAAAGAAGUGUUAUUGUAGAUGGGUGGGGAGUCUUGACUCUUGUGAUUAACCAUGCUUAUAAAUAUGACUGUGAAUAUAUUUUAUGAAGUCUGUUUUAAGUCUUAAAUGAAGUCUUACUUGGAAUGUACUGAUGUCACUCAAGUGUAUGAAGAAAUAUUUUAAAUGUAUAUGUACUAACUUAUUUUUUUCUUGUUAAACAAUCUUUUAAGGGGAAAAAGGUUUAUAAUCACAAGUAAAGCAUGUUCAAACUGA